AUGGCAGAAGAAAGAGCUCACCAACUUCGCAGCCUCCACCAACCUGGAAAGCCGGUGGUAUUUGCAAAUGUCUAUGAUGCCCCAACAGCAGAAGUGGUAGCCACGCUCCCAGCAACAGAGGCCAUCGCCACAGCAAGCUUCGCCAUUGCCGCAGUCAACGGAUGUGCAGAUGAUGAACUUGACUUGGAAACAAACCUUACCGCCUUACGACGCAUCAUCCCAGUUGCAUUGAAACACGACAAGUCCAUCACGGUCGACCUGCAAGAUGGCUAUGGUGAUCAGCUGGAACACGCUAUCAAAAGUAUCAUUGCACUCGGAGCGUCCGGGUGCAAUAUUGAGGAUCGGGACAACAGUACAGGGUAUCUGUUUCCUCUGGAUGAAGCGGUAGACCGUAUUCGCCGGGCGAUCUCUGCUGCGAAGGAUGCAGGUGUUCCAAGUUUUGUGGUGAAUGCGCGUACGGAUGCAGUCAUGAAAGAUCAUGAUGUUGAUGAAGCAAUUUUGCGUGGACGGGCAUAUCUGGAUGCCGGUGCCACGACUGUUUUUGUGUGGGGUGGACCAAAGAGAGGUUUGGCCACUGCGGAAGUUGUUCAACUAUGUCAGGCCUUCAAUGGUCGAUUGAACGUCAUCGCACUCCUUGAAAACGGGCUGUCUGUUCGUGAGCUCACUGAAAUCGGUGUGGCGAGAAUUAGCAUUGGACCUGCGUUAUGGAGACAUGCAAUGGACUCUUUUCGACAGAAGGCUGAGGCAUAUCUGGACCAUGGAGUCGAGAUGCGAAGAUGA